AUCAUAAGAUGUAAUACUAAUUCUUAGAAUCAGAUGAAUUGUACACAAGAGUGAAAACAUUGACAAAUGUAGCUAAAUAAGCAGCAGCAGCAGCCCAAAAAUAAGCCAAGAAAACAGAAAAAUUGAUUGGGGAAAUAGAGAAGCCAAUCAAUGUCCCACAUUUGCCUGCUGGUUUCAAAGUAGAUGUGCCCCACUUUGAUGUGGCCAAGAGAUUGAAUAAACUUCCUCGUUCUUGGGAUUUGCCAUAGGAAUUGUACAAGAAACAUCUACCAAAAUAUAAUGGUCGGAACAAUAUAUAGAAUUUAAGAAUUACUUAAUGCUGGUGAGGGAUAUAUAGGUUAGACAGUGACAGUAGCAGGUUGGGCAAGGACAGUGAGAGAUUAGAAGAAUCUUUGUUUCAUUGAAUUGAAUGAUGGAACAAGUUUUGGUGGUCUCUAGAUAGUGGUUGAAGACAAGAUUGCCAAUUUCGAGCAAGUUGCUAAAACUAAAUACAGGAUUUUCACUCAAAGUGACAGGAAGCAUUGUAAAGAGUCCUGCCAAAGGAUAAUUGAUAGAAAUGCUUUCGUCAUUAUUGGAUAGGCUGACCCUGAGGAAUAUCCUAUGGCAAAGGGAGUUUAGAAGCCAGAGACUCUAAGAUAAAAGGCUCACUUGAGACCAAGAGGCAAUUUCUUUAGUGCUGUCACUAGAAUUAGAAACAAUUUGGCUUAUGCAACUCAUGUAUUUUUCUAAAAUAAUGGAUGCUUGUACAUCCACACACCAAUAAUUACAGGAAGUGAUUGUGAAGGUGCUGGAGAAAUGUUCAGAAUCUCUACUAUCUUCGAUAACGAUGUCUCAAAGAUCCCUUAGAUAAAGGGCAAAGUAGAUACCACUUAGGAUUUCUUUAAGAAGGAAGUGAAUCUUACAGUUUCUGGUUAAUUAUAAGUGGAACAUUUCUGUAUAAGUAUGUCUAAUGUAUAUACAUUUGGUCCUACUUUCAGAGCAGAGAAGGCUCAUACUCAUAGACACUUAGCCGAGUUUUGGAUGAUUGAGCCAGAAUUUGCAUUUGCAGAUCUAUUUGACAAUAUGGAAGCCGCAGAAGGUUAUGUUAAGUUCUGUAUCAAUUACAUCUUGUAAAACAACAUGGAUGAUCUUCAAUUUUUGGACAAAAGAGUCAAACCUGGACUGAUAGAUUAUCUUAAAGACAUUGUGAGCAAGGAUUUCGUAAGAUGCUCUUACACUCAAGGAAUUGACAUUCUAUUGAAAGCAUAAUAAGCAGGAGCCAAGUUCGAGAACAGUGACAUCAAGUGGGGAAUGGAUUUGAAUAGUGAACAUGAGAGAUUCAUAGCAGAAAAAGUAUUCUAGAGACCAGUCUUCCUUUAUGAUUACCCCAAAGAAAUUAAGGCCUUUUAUAUGAAGGUCACUGAUGAUGGAAAAUGCGUCAGAGCUAUGGAUAUGCUAAUUCCUCAAGUUGGUGAAUUGAUUGGUGGAUCUUAGAGAGAGGAAAGAUAUGAUGUAUUGGCCCAAAGAAUCAAGGAAUGUGGAUUGAAAUUGGAAGAUUAUGGACCCUAUAUGGAUUUAAGAAAAUAUGGAACAGUACCCCAUUGUGGUUUUGGAUUAGGAUUUGAAAGAUUAGUAAUGAUGGUCACUGGUGUUGAGAAUAUAAGAGAUGUUAUUCCCUUCCCAAGAUAUCACGGUAGUGCUGAAUUCUGAUAAGUUAAUAAUAUAAAGUAUAUUAUAUGAAAACACAAAGUUA